AGAGUGAUGGCACGUGGGGAAGGAGGAGAGAGAGAAAAAGAAGAGAUGAGGGUUGUGGUGAGGUCUGGUUUGUGGAGAAGAGAAGUUUCUGUUUUUUCUUCUUCUCUUUUGAGCAAUGGGGAGAGAAGAGAAGAAGGUGGGAAAUGAGAAUUGAAGGCGAUUGAUAGCUUAUGAAUGGAGAAUCUCAACCUCAUCGUUCCUAGUCCUCAAUCUCAUGGAAUUCCACGCCGCAAUUCCCAUAUCCCAACCACCCCUAACUCAACCUCAAGGUUCAAUGUGGAUGAUGAAAUUGAGGCCAAGUGAAACAAUGGAAUCUGGACCGUAUCCAGAGCGCCCAGGGGAGCCAGAUUGUUCAUAUUAUAUCAGAACAGGCCUUUGUAGAUUUGGUGCAACUUGUCGAUUUAAUCAUCCUCCUAACCGGAAGCUGGCUAUUGCCACUGCAAGGAUGAUAGGCGAGUUCCCAGAAAGAAUAGGGCAACCAGAAUGUCAGUACUAUCUGAAGACAGGAACUUGCAAAUUUGGAGUCACAUGCAAAUUUCAUCAUCCUAGAGAUCAGGCUGGGGUUGCAGGAAGAGCUGCCUUAAAUAUUUUAGGCUAUCCACUCCGCCUUAAUGAACCUGAAUGCACUUAUUAUUUGAGAACAGGACAAUGCAAGUUUGGGAACACUUGCAAAUUCCACCAUCCUCAACCAAGUAAUAUGAUGCUUUCAUUACGGGGUUCUCCUGUUUACCCUACUGUCCAUUCCCCAACUACACCAGGUCAGCAGUCAUAUACUGGAGGAAUUACAAAUUGGUCGAGAGCAUCUUAUAUUCCUAGUCCUCGGUGGCAAGGUCCUUCGAGUUAUACACCCUUAAUUCUACCUCAGGGAGUGGUUUCAGUGCCUGGGUGGAGUGCCUACAGUAGUCAAAUAGGGGCAAUCUCUACGUCAGACAGUUCACAGCAAACAAUGGGAAAUAAUCAAACACAUGGAACUUCUCACCAAGGUGAACUAGCCAGUGCAGGAUCACAUGGGGCAUAUUCUCAAUUCCGUUCUGCCACAGUUCCUGUAGGGUUUUAUGCAUUGCAGAGGGAUAACAUAUUUCCUGAGAGACCUGGUCAGCCUGAAUGCCAAUUCUACAUGAAGACAGGAGAUUGUAAGUUUGGUGCUGUCUGUCGGUUUCACCACCCACGUGAGAGGCUAAUUCCUGCUCCUGAUUGUGUCUUGAGUCCCAUGGGCCUUCCUUUACGACCUGGAGAGCCUUUGUGUGUCUUCUAUUCACGUUAUGGCAUAUGCAAAUUUGGCCCAAGUUGCAAGUUUGACCACCCAACGAGACUUUUUACCUAUAAUAUCUCAGCAUCGCCUUCAGCUGAUGCCCCAAGCAGGCAUCUUUUAGGAUCUUCAUCAGGAACUGCAGAAUUAAAUUUAUCAUCUGAAGGACUUGUUGAGUCAAGCUCAGCAAAGCCCAGGAGGCUUUCAUUAUCAGAGACAAGACAGAUUCCUUCUGGUGAUGAUGACAUUGAUGAUGAUGGAUGAUGAUGCCUCUUGGAAAUGGGUCUUUUGGCUUUUACAAUUUUUUUGAGGGGAGAAAUGAUUAAUCUGUAAAUUGAUUUUCCCAUUGCUGGAGAUGUACAGAGGUCGUGUCAGGUUGAUUCUGUCAAUCUUGAAAUUAAAUGCAGUUGACAGAUUCAAUUGUUCUGGAUUUCAUGUUGCCUAGCUAAUUGUAUGAAUUUUAACAAAUAUUGUCACAUUUGGUCAAACCCAAUGUGAAUAAUCCUUCUGUCCUUAAGCCACCAGUCUUUAUAAUUAACUUUUCUCAUUAUGUAAAAAGUCUCUCUGGAAAUCUGUAAUGACCUAAUUUUACCUCUUUGAAUAUUUAUUGGGUGCAGGUUUGAAAUUUCAAAGCCUUUACUUUCUCACUGCAGUUUGGUUUAUGCUGUCUACUGUGCAUGUAUAGAAUACUUCAGUGGCAAGAGCCAGCAAUAUUGCCAAUACCUUUCUUCGUU